UGGCGGUAUUAUGAGAUGCGACAUAAUCGCACAAGGUAUUAUUGCUGCAUCCAAAGAAUUACAGAUAAAAGUGCCAAUAGUUGUAAGACUACAGUAAAUAUCAAGAAAGGUGGGGACACGAAGGCGCAAGUUACAUUUCGCAGUCCAUUGCCAUUAUUUAGUAAGAUGGCUACUAUGUUGUCUCGGACUAUCUCACUCGUUGAAAAUCUUACCCGAUUUAAUGGAUCGAAGAUAUUGGGAUGUAAAAUCAACUUAGUAAAACAAGUGAGGAAUUUAAAUGUUCAUGAACAUAUCAGUUAUAGUUUAUUGAAUGAAGCUGGAGUUCCAACUCCUAAAUUUGGAGUUGCAAAAACUCCAGAUGAAGCAGCAAAACUUGCUGCUGACUUAAAAUCUAAAGAUAUUGUUUUAAAAGCACAAGUUUUAGCUGGUGGCAGAGGAAAAGGACAUUUUAAGGGAACUAAUAUAAGUGGUGUGAAGAUGUGUGAAACACCAGAAGAAGCCAAAAAAUUAGCCAGUCAAAUGUUAGGUAAAUUACUAAUUACUAAACAGACAGGCGAAGCAGGUAGAAUAUGCAAUGCAGUAAUGGUAACACAACGCAUGUUUCCUCGUAAAGAAUAUUAUCUUGCUGUCAUGAUGGAAAGAGCUUUUGGUGGUCCAGUUAUAAUAGCUUCAAGUCAAGGUGGUGUAAAUAUUGAAGAAGUUGCUGCAACAAAUCCCAGUGCUAUUAUGUAUGAACCUAUUGAUAUUUAUAAGGGUAUUACAAAAGAUCAAGCAGAACGUAUUGCUAUUAAACUUGGACUUCAAAAUGUUAAAGAUUAUAUUUCUAAUAUCAUUGUGAAUUUAUAUCAAAUGUUUCUUAAAAAAGAUGCUCUUUUGCUAGAAGUAAAUCCUUUGGCAGAAGAUGUUAAUGGACAAUAUUUUGCUUUGGAUUGCAAAUGCAGAUUUGAUGAUAAUGCUGAAUUUAGGCAAAAAGAAUUAUUUUCUUUGAGAGAUUGGACUCAAGAAGAUACCAAAGAAGUUGAAGCUGCUAAAUAUGAUUUAAAUUAUAUUGCACUUGAUGGCAAUAUUGGUUGUAUGGUAAAUGGAGCUGGUUUAGCCAUGGCUACUAUGGAUAUUAUAAAAUUACAUGGAGGAGAACCAGCUAAUUUCUUAGAUGUAGGUGGUGGUGCAUCUACGUCUGCUGUGAAAGAAGCAUUUAAAAUAAUUACAUCUGAUUCACGAGUUCAUGCUCUUUUAGUCAAUAUAUUUGGUGGAAUUAUGAGAUGUGAUGUUAUUGCAGAAGGAAUCAUUGCUGCAACAAAAGAACUUAGCUUGAAAAUUCCUGUUGUUGUUCGAUUACAGGGUACAAAUGUAGAUGAAGCAAAAGCUCUUAUCGCGAAUGCAGGUUUAAAAAUUGUACCAAUUGAUGAUUUGGAUGAAGCUGCUCGAGUUGCAGUUAAAUUAUCAACGAUUGUCAAAUUGGCACAAUCUGAAAAUCUUAGCGUUAAUUUCGAAAUACCUUCAAUUUCAUAAAUUUAGUAAAAAUUAUAAUUUGCAUAUUAUGAAAAAAACUACGAGAAUAUAUUUAUAGUACUAAAUGUUUGAAACAAUAUUUGAAAGUAAUAAUUAGAUUAAUAAUUUCAAAUUAUUAUGUGCUUUUUAGAAUCAUAUUUAAUUAUUUCAUAUAUUUCUAUUAUAAGUACAGUGAAAAAAAAAUUAUUGAAAUUUUCUCUUACUCAAUAUUUGCAAUAUUUUUAUCUUCUUUAAAAAAAGAAAAAGAAAAAAAUGAUAUAUUAUAAUUUUAAAUAUUGCAUACCAGAUUAUCUAUUCAAAAUUAAUAUUAUUUAUUUCUCAAUGCAAGCACAAAUUUUUUUUCAAAAAAUAUAUGAACUUCUUUAAAAAUAUAAUUUAUUACUUACCCAAUUAAUGGGUUUCUGUGAUUCAGUAUUAAAAUUAAGUUACAUAAUGUAUAUUAAUUGAUAUAAUCAUAUUUUUUGCAUGAAAGUGUACUUUACAUUCUUUCAUAUAAAAGUCAUAUUGAUAUUAACAAAAUAUAUAUCUAAAAAUAAAUCCUUUUAUAUAAUCAUCCACAAAAAAUUAUUAUUGAAAUAUUAUAUGAGAUAUGAUUAUUAUAUCUCAUUUAAUAGAAAAAAAAGGGCCUGUUAUGUAAUAUAGAUACAUGUAGUUAUAUAUACAUAUAUAUAUAUAUAUAAAUUAUUUUAUGUAAUUUUAA